ACCGGCCAUGAGAAAUCUUCGAUCUCGAGUUCAGUAAUUUCGCUCCAGGCUGUAAGAUUAUCACGAAACGACGUAUCUAUUCGGCGUUCACUUUAUCCCGAGGGGGGUCUCUUUGUUGCAUUCGGAAUGCACGUCUGGUAAGAAUGCAGUUAUAUAUAUGUAUAUAUGUAUAUCUAAGCUAACCGAUGUAUUACCCGCGCUGAAACAUUAAUUAUCAAUAACAGUAUUGUGCCGCGAUAAUCGAAGACAGGUGUGCUUGCAGCUUCUGUCGAGAAGGGGAAUCGUCGCUGGUAAUGCAAAUGUCAAAGUACGCGGCGUUAACUGCAGCCGAUAUAAUUUCACUUCCGGAAAAGGGUAAAAGCAAAGUGAGUUUCCCUGCCACGGUGAAAUGUGACGGCCCCCGAGAUUCGGUACCGAAAUCUCCGGAGAGGAGGUCCGGAUUUCCGGGAAAGUGCGGCCUAGUGCCACGGAAAUAAGGAGACGUUUCCAAACGAUUUGUCGUUUCUCCUCUUCUAGUCAGUUUUAAUGAAACGCGCGAAAAACGGCUGCGGCGUUUUUAAUUCGGAGAGAUGGUCAAGCGAGACGAGAUUUGCCACUGCAAAGUGACGGUCGCAUUGUUGAUAUUGUAUUUACAAGUGCAAGGAAUGUACGCUAGGGUCAACGUUUCUCGGGAACCAGAGAAAUGCUCCGUACACCUGACCGAUCUGGAUUUCAUUCGAAAUUUCACGCAACCGGAUUUGGAAAUGGUCUGGCCCUGCGAGGUCCGUUUCUACUGGUUGAAAUUGCAGCCUUUCGUCAGCGUCGUGAGAUUUCUACUUUUAUAUGUUACGUUACUCAUUAUCGUUAUAGGUGUCACGCUAAACGUCGUCUCGUUCAGCGUCCUGAGUACCUCCGUGUCGAGCGACUCGAAUUUGUCCCUCUACCUACGAGCACUGGCCAUUUCCGACAACGGAGCAUUAAUAUUCAACUAUGCGGUCGGAAUCGCCAAGCGUCAUUUCGCAUCCUUUAACGACAUUUUUAUGAAAAGCACGCUGUUGUGCUGCUUAAACUCGGUCACGAUGGAGCUUUUCCAAUUUACAUCCACGUGGUUGGUCGUCUCGUUGACGUGGGCUCGAGUGGCCGUGGUCAUUUUCCCCUUGAAAAGUCGCAGCUCCCACCACGAGUAUUCUGCAAUAAUUGCAAUCACUGUCCUUACGUUAGUGAGUUUCAUAGUGUCUUUGACAAAAUUGUAUUCAGGAGGGUACGAGUCCGACAGCGUUUUCGAGUUCAUCCCUUGCCAGGAAAAGGUUACCCCGUGGGGAAUGGCUCUGUAUUUUUACAUCGCCCUGUCGACGUGGCUGCCGCUGCUUUUUACAUUCGUCGGGAAUUUAUUGCUGAUUAUCCACACGAAACGAUCGGACAGAAUCAGGACUCAAUUAACCCGAAGGUCAGGCGGCAUUGCAAAUACAGCCAGUCGAACGAGCAGAAUGUUGCUAGCAGUUUCUAUUGUUCACUUAGUCCUCCUCCUGCCACUCGGCAUGGUGGAGACUUUGGAAUUGUACUGGGACGUAGUUUUAGUGAAGCAGCCAAAAGUGAAUCCGGAAGGACACGAGCAGUACGUGAACUGGCUGAAGCAGAAGAUGCUGCUUAAGUGGUGCCGCGGUUUAUGCUUUCAUCUGUACCACUGGAAUUUUGCAAUUAACUUUUUCUUGUACUACCUCACCGGAAGGAAGUUUAGAAAUAGCGUAAUUGCGGCGUUAAAGAAUUAUAUGAAGCUUUCCGUUCUGAGGCUCGUUCCAAAGUGGAGUCUUGCGUGGCCUAAGUGCUCGACCAUACUGCCAGCGGUAAAACCUUUAAAUAUAAUGUUAUUGAGAGUUAUUUCAUUCAGGGAACAAGCUGUUAGUAGCAACGUCGGUGUUGCACAAAGUACAGCCAGCAAUGAUAUUAAAUGAACUGAUCUCCGCAAAUGUUCAAGAUGAAUAAUUCCUUUUCAUUGAUAGGCUACAUUCUAUUAAUUAUGAACUCUGCUUUGUUUUUCCUUAGGUUUAUGAAAUUGAAAGGUGACGUUGAAUUUCAUAUGAUACGAUAUAAAAUAGAGUAUACUCCAUGUGCACGUAGAAUAAUAAAUAUUGCGGUUGCCCUAAUUAUUGGUAAGAGUUUAUUUGUUUUGUAAAUUGUACAUAUUAAAGCAGCAAAAUAUCACAUUGUA